AUGUCCUCAUCCUCUCCCCAUAAAGGCGUCUGUCUGUGUGGCAAUGUCGAGUUCGAAGUCCACGGCAAGCCCGUCACCAAUGUCUUAUGCCACUGUGUCAACUGUCAGAAGUCCAGUGGCUCGUCUUUCCAGGCCAAUUAUUUCUAUGAAGCCAAACAAUUCACCCUAGUCAAGGGUAAAGAAAGUAUCACCGACUAUCAAGACAAAAAUACCGAUGCGGGAUAUACCGUUGUUCGCUCCUUCUGCAGCAAUUGUGGUUCAAACCUGUACACAAUCAACCUCGACAAUCCUGCGGUCAAGGAUUUCAUUAUUGUGAUGACGGGUUGUCUUGACGAGCAAGCGAGGGCCGAAUUUGAACCAAAGCAAGAAUACUAUUGUAAGCGACGUCAAGUAUGGUGUCCGUUAAGCCCGUCAAGUCAAAAGAUUCAAGCCAUGGUAUAG